CAGUUAUUAAGUAAGAAACGAAGGUGACCAACAGUUAUUUAAUGUCUGGUGUUCGUCAUUUGCAGUUUUCAAUUCUCAAGUAACAACAACAUUUCCUAUCACUUCAUACUGAUCUUGGACGCUACUCGGUCUUCACAACAAAGUCGAUAAUCCUGUCGUCCUUAUAUUUAAAAAGAAGCAUGUUUAGUACAUGGUACAACAUUCAUGCCUUUAUUGCUCUAAUGUCUGGUAUCAACAUAUAUGGUGCUUUACUGCUAUGUGAGAGGCUGAGAACCAUUUAUCCACUAAACCAUAUUUUAUUGUCAAUAUCGUUCAUUUCAUUGUGUGCGGGUGUUCGAUUUUUGUCCAAUGACUAUGUGUCGUUCCUUAUAUCAUUCGCAAUAACUGCAGUGAUCUCAGGAAUUGUAAUUGAUCUCUCAUGGAAAUUGAGUAAUUUGGCAGCAAAGGGAUUAAUCAUAUUCUCGACGAUAGCAUCUUUACUGGCGUUUUCGGGAUUCAUUUUGCUUUACUUUCGAGAUAGAGUAUACAUGAGAAUUCUCGCUGGUGUCUGCUUAUGUUCUGCAGCAACUCUAGUGAGUUACACGUCAUUUUGCCUUCAGUGA